CCCGGGUCCCCCAGACCACAAGUCGGAUCGGCGCAUAACUGAUCUCACAACGUCUCUCGGCCCCGAAAGGUCAAGAAUGGUGGGAUGUGAGUCUCGGAUCCCCUCUCCUUCAUGUCAUUCCUUACUGAACAUUCCUCUCGGAUCGGAGCGGAAGAGUUUCGUCGUCUGCAAGAUGAAGGGAAAACUUCCAGGCCAGCACCAACGCUCCGUCCCCCCCAAGCCAGCUAUAUCCAAAUCCCCUCUCAAGAAAGCGGGCGCGGGAUUAAAUGUCCAGUCGUGCUUCCUCCUUCCUUCAUGCCCGAUGGUGUAUUCCUCUACAUUCAUUCACCUCCUAGAAACAAGGCCCGCAUUCUCAUUUCGGGGUGCAGUGUUUGUAUAUGGAUUAUUCGAUUGGUCUCUCUCACCCAGCUGCAACAACUGGGAGACACCUCUCACCAUGAAGAUGGAGAACGUCAAGCGUUUCGGGGAAGCGUAUCUCGGGGAUCGAACCAUGGAAGAACGUCGAGAUCCUGCCAUACUCCCCCUAUCUAUUACCGGAUUUUCCGGUAUCCGGGCUCGCAGCUCGCUACUCUGGAGGAUUUGAAGGCAGAAGCGGAGAAGCAAAAGCCGAAGUUGCUACCUGCUUUGUUUCCUUGCGGGACUUUGGAUCCGUUCAUUGAUGAUACGGUCAUGAUGAGUUUAAGUGGCAGGUUGCUGGUGGUGAAGCGCUGGUGAAGUUGAUUCCGGGAGGCCCGCACGGCUUCCCAUUGUUUCUACUUGAGCGGUUUGAACCCGCACAGAUUGGUCGGAAGGCGUUCUUGGAUUUAUUGAAGGGAAGGCUAAGAUCUGUUGACAGUGGGUUCAAUCUGAGUUGUAGAAAGCCAUGCAUAUUCUCUCUAUAUAAAAGCAACA